ACACAAACAUACGAAAUGAAACCAGCAGUUGCGAAUAGCCCUAAGACCUUUCAAUAAUAACAAAGUAGUUGAACAAUAUAUUAAGUUUUAAAUAUUUAAUUAUUAGUGAACAAUUAAAAAAAAAAAUGAAUGUUGUGACAGCUAUUAAACAUUACAUUACUCGAAUGACUGAAGAAAGUGGACCGGGUAUGAAAGUUCUUUUAAUGGAUAAACAAACGAUAAGUAUUGUCAGUUUGGUGUACAGUCAUUCGGAAAUUUUAAUGAAAGAAGUGUAUUUGUUUGAUAAAAUAGAUGCACAAGUACGUGGUGAAGAGCUUAGACAUUUAAAAUGUAUUGUUUUCAUCAGACCAACCAAAGAAAAUGUUGCUUUACUUUGCAAUGAAUUAAGAAAUCCAAAGUAUGGAAUUUAUUAUAUUUAUUUCAGUAAUAUCAUUCCAAAAGCUGAUAUUAAAUUAUUAGCUGAAAGUGACGAGCAAGAAGUUGUCAGGGAAGUGCAAGAGUAUUAUGCUGAUUACUUAGCGAUUAAUCCACAUUUAUUUUCAAUUGGAAUAAAUUCAUGUGCUGAAGGCCUUACAUGGAAUCCAGUGAAUUUACAUCGCUCUUGCGAAGGAAUUAUAUCAGUUUUACUUUCUCUAAAAAAAUGUCCUUACAUUCGUUACCAAAGUAGUUCAGAAAUGGCCAAAAGACUGUCUGAAAAAAUACGUGAAGUACUGAUAAAAGAAUCUAAUUCAUUUAAAUUUAGACAGGAGUCAGAUCCGCUUUUAUUGAUACUCGAUAGACGAGAUGAUCCAGUUACUCCAUUGUUGAAUCAAUGGACUUAUCAAGCUAUGGUUCAUGAAAUUUUAGGUAUUAAUAACAAUCGUGUUGACUUGUCCCAUAUACAAGGAAUUUCUAAAGAGUUACAAGAAGUUGUGCUUAGUGCUGAACAUGAUGAAUUUUAUGCUGAGGCUAUGUAUUUAAAUUUUGGUGAAAUUGGACAAACGAUAAAAGAAUUAAUGGAAGAGUUUCAAAGAAAAGCUAAGAAACAUCAAAAAGUUGAAAGUAUUGCAGACAUGAAAAAUUUUGUUGAAGCUUAUCCAUUAUUUAAAAAAAUGUCUGGUACUGUUUCUAAGCAUGUAACAGUUGUUGGUGAGCUCUCUAAUUUAGUUGGUAAUCAUAAUUUAUUAGAAGUUUCGGAGACUGAACAAGAAUUGUGCUGUCAAAAUGAACAUUCCAAUCAACUACAAAAAAUAAAGAAAUUAUUAAACAAUCCAAAAGUACGUGAUAUUGAUGCGACGAGAUUAGUGAUGCUGUAUGCAUUGCACUAUGAAAAGCACACAAAUAAUGAAAUAGGAACAUUAGUUGAAAUGUUAAAAAAACGAGAAGUUCCUGAAAAAUACACAAAACUUGUCUACAGUAUUUUAGAGUACAGUGGAAUAAAUCAAAGGCAGAGUAAUUUAUUUGACCGCGAAGCUGUUGCGAAGAUAACUAAAAAAUUAUUCAAGGGUCUGAGCGGUGUUGAGAAUAUAUACACUCAACACAAUCCGCUGCUCAGUGAAACUCUAGAAGAUCUCAUAAAAGGAAAAUUAAAUACUCAAACUUUUCCUUAUUUAGGACAAAUGACCAUGACUAAAAGGAUUCAAGAUGUAAUUGUAUUUAUAAUUGGUGGCGCGACUUAUGAAGAAAGUUUGGCAGUACAUAAUUUAAAUAAACAAAAUCCGAGUGUAAAAAUAAUACUAGGAGGCACAACAGUUCAUAAUUUUGAAAGUUUUUGCAAUGAAAUAAUAUCAGCGACUACUGGAAUUGUACCGAGAUAUAGAUCUCGAAAUAAUUAAAACUUUAAUUAAACAUAGAUUAGAUUUUAUAUAUUGCUAAUUAACUUAAAAAAGAAGAAUAUAUAAUAUUUAUCAUUCCUAAAAUAGGCUAUUUAUAUUUA